GCAAUAUAGUGCACGCACAACGACAAAUCGCCAUGAUUUCCGAGAUGAUUCACACAGCCAGCCUGGUGCACGACGACGUCAUCGAUCAGUCCUUUGCGCGGCGGGGUAAACCUAGCGUCAACGUUAUAUGGAACCACAAAAAGGUGACGCAGGCAGGAGAUUACGUUCUAGCCGUUGCCUCAAUGCUGCUGGCCCGCCUUAAACACGACGAAGUCACACACAUCCUCAGUCAGGUACUGACAGAUUUAGUGCAAGGUGAAUUCAUGCAGCUAGGCUCCAAGGAAACGGAAAACGAACGAUUUGCUCACUACUUCACCAAGACGUACAGGAAAACAGCAUCCCUGAUAGCAAAUAGUUUGAAAGCGGUGGCAGUCCUUUCCGGAGCGGAUGAACAGAUGGUGGAGCUUAGCUUUCAGUACGGACGGAAUCUAGGGUUGGCCUUCCAGUUUGUGGACGAUCUGCUUGACUUUGUGUCCAGCUCGGAGGCAAUGGGUAAACCGGCGGCUGCGGAUCUGAAGCUAGGACUGGCCACCGCACCUGUGUUGUUUGCGUGCGAAAAAGUUGCGGUCAUCCGGCGAAGGAAAAAGAGCGCUCUCUUCAACAUUCGACAGCAACAGCACCAGCAACAGCAGCAGCAACCGCCCGCCGCCUCAUCCAAACUACGCGGACGGGCCGAAAAAGAAACUGGUUCCGUCCGUUUCUUUUUUUUUUCGUUUCUGCUUAUCGAUCACUGCCGCCGCUGCCGUUGCCACCGCAGCCGCACUGCUGCUGGCCUGGUCCCCGGUCCGGUCCUGGCGCAACUUUUUUCCUGCUUCACAUCUCUUCGCUAUUGUGAGGAACCAUCAACCGCAGCAGAGUUCGCACCCGGUUCCACGAUGACCGCGGGAAUCGGUGGUAUGCGUGUUUUUGGCGGCCCACCGCCGCAGUCUUUUAAUCGAUUCGAUUUUGGAUUUCCCUGUAUCGCAGCAGACUGA